AUGCCUGGUCAGGUUGCAAAAUGUCAAGUGCAAGACUAUGAAAGGGUUCCUUGUGGAGAACCUGGCAUCAGUGGUGAUCAGUGUAUCACUAUAAACUGCUGUUUUGAUGGCCAACAGUGCUAUUAUAGGAAAACGAUGACUGUCCAGUGUACCCUUGAUGGCCAGUUUGUGUUGGUGGUGGCCAGAGAUCCAACAGUUCCCAGGAUAAGCCUGGAGUCCAUCAGCAUGUUGGGAGGAAACAGUGGACCCUGUAGUCCUGUUGACUCGAAUACAGCCUUUGCUAUAUACCAGUUUCCUGUAACUGCUUGUGGGACAACUGUCCUGGUACAAGGUGGUUAUGUGGUCUAUGAAAACAGGAUGCUCUCUUCCUAGGAAGUUGGAGUUGGACCCCGAGGGGCAAUCACCAGAGACACUCACUAUGACUUAGCCACUCUGGCUAUUGACCCUUCAGACAAUGCUGAUCCUCCAUCCAUUGUUACUUCUGGACCACUCCAAGUAGAACUAAGACUAGGAAAGGGGUGUGUGGAAGACAAAGUAGCCUAUACUUUGUACUACAGUGCUGCUGACUACCCUGUGAUUAAGGUUCUGAGGGAACCAGUGUAUGUUGAAGUGCACAUUGUGGGAAGAACUGAUCCAAAUAUUGUCCCGGUUUUGGGAGGCUGCUGGGCGACUGCUUCGCCUAACCCCUACAGCCUUCCCCAGUGGGACCUUCUGGUGAAUGGGUGUCCAUACAAGGAUGACCGCUAUUUGACCAAGCUGAUCCCAGUUAAUGGGAUGUCUGGACUUGCAUACCCUACCCAUUACAGAUGCUUUGUUCUGAAGAUGUUCACGUUCGUGGAUCCAGGUUCCAUGGCUCCAAUGCAUGAGAUGCUCUACAUCCACUGCAGUACAGCUGUAUGUCUUCCAACUGCACAAGACUCUUGUGAACUGUCAUGUGCCAGAAGAAGUAGGUAG